CUCUUCUCACAUACUGGAAGGCCCAUUCCUUCCACUCCAAGUGCCCACAAUCAACGAAAUUAUGACUCAAAAUAGCGAAGUCGAUGCAAUGUGCGAUAUCCCGCGAACAGUGGUAGAACAUAGCUUCCCUGAUACAAAUCGCAAUCAUCGCGAGUCCCUCUUGCUUCGCAUCCCACUAGAGGUUCGCCAGAUUAUCUACGAAUAUGCACUGCCCAUAGGAACCUGGCAUUCCCCUCAGCGUUAUCUCUCACGAGGCCCUGGAACGGCUCACUUCAGACACGUGAUCACGGAUGGGGAGACUCGCUCGGCCCAUUUUCAUGUAUAUUGGCGUCCAUGUUACUGCUUCACGCCUCCUGUUGGCCCUCUGCCUCAAUUGCCUAGAAUUGUCCGGAAUGGACUGGCGAUGCUACUCUGUUGCAAACAAAUCAACAAUGAAGCCAAACACAUUCUUCUUUUGCGAAGUAAAUUCAACUUCCACACAAUACGGACUCUUGUCUCAUGGGCGGGUCAUCCUAUCGUAAGAUACAUGACGUUUGCUGAGCUCCAGAUUGAUAUCAAAUUGCGAAAGGAAUCCUCCAUGCUGAACGAUCUCUUCCCGAAUGGAACGACGAUGACGGGCUGGAAAGAGCGCUAUAGGAACACACCCGUACUGUCCAAUCGCCGGUUUCCCGCUCUUAGGGUCAUUCGUUUGCGUAUACAGGCGAUAGUCUGCAGGGGAUCACCAACUCAUGAAGAUGGCCUCCCAGCGAAUCACAAGAGUAUUCUCGAGGGGAUGUCAAAACUGAUAGAAAAAAAUCUAAACGGAAGUGGAAGCAAUAUCACUUUUUUGUAUACGUAUAAGCUCCGAUUGUGCCGGCACAAUUUGAAUUACAGGGCGCCAACUCUUCGUAGUAUCGAUUGGGACGGAGAUGAGGGUUCUUAUUGUAGUGCAUUGACCACAAUGAGAUUGGAGAAAACAAAGUUACAGACAGAGUAUGGUCGCUACCCAUCGUAG